AUGCCUAUCAUCAACGCUGAUGCUCCGCCCUCAACCACCGACACGCACUACGUCGUCUACUUUGCGUCUGGUGAGCCGUCCUGGUGUCCUGACUGUCGAAAUGCUCUCCCGGCUCUCCAGAGUGUCUUUGGAGCAGACUCAGCGCCUUCAGCAACUCUCAUUCUCGCCGGUACCCGAGAGGAGUGGAGGACUCCAAGCAACAAGUGGCGCGGUGCGCCCUACAACAUCAACUGUCUCCCGACCAUCGGACAGGAGGUUGCACGCCUUGGAGAUGUUGAGGGUCAGCAGGAGUCGGCUUUAAGAAAACUGAUUGCUUAA